AUGUGGGUUAUGAUGAAACUGAAGCUGGAUUGGAAUGAAGCCAUGGAUCGGAGACUUAAUGGGUUAAAUGAGCUUGAUGAGUUUCUCCUAAAAGUGUAUGAAAGUUUAGCCAUACGCAAAGAGAAGAUGAAGAAGUACCAUGACCAAAAGAUCAAAAAGAUAGAAUUUGCAAUUGGGGACUUGGUACUUCUAUUUAACUCGAGGCUACGCUUGUUUGCAAGAAAGCCCAAAUCAAAGUGGAUGGGACCAUUCUUUAUCACUAAAGUAUUUCCACAUGGAGUGGUUGAGUUGGAGAAUAAAGAGAGUGUAAAGUUCAUGGUCAACGAACAAAGGAUCAAGAUCACCUAG